GUCUGAUUUUGUGUUUUCCCAACUCCCUACCCCCUCAUGGCUUCCCUGUUUCUCUAUGCAUCCUUAAACCCCAAACUCCCAAGGGCCAAAACUAUUCCAGCAAGAGACACCGUCAUUGAUUUUGGCAAAUACAGAGGCAAGAUGCUGGGCAGCCUCCCAUCCAACUACCUCAAAUGGGUCUCCACCAACCUUCGUGCCAGCCAUUACCUCCACUGGGCAAAUCUGGCUCAAGAGGUGCUUCAAGACCCAGUUUACAGGGACAGGAUGGAGUGGGAAUUUGCUCAGAAUGUUUUGCAGGGAAACAACACCUCUUUCCCCAGAAAUCAAAAUGCAGUUUCCUUGUUGUCGGAGAUAAAUGAGAGAUUCAGUUGGGAUAUGGAAGAUAAAGUUGGUUGGGGCAAGGUCGACUUUGAGCUGUUGGGGACAAGCAAAGGUGGUAGAAUACCAAGAACUGGCAAUAACAGUGGUGGAAGAAGAGGGAAGGCAGAGUUGAGAAGAGAAAGAGCUGGUGGAGUGAGUGGGGAAAAAGCCGGUGGAAGGAGCGGGGAGAGGAGGAGAGAGAGGAGAGAGCGAGGGAGGUUGAAGAGACAAGACAAGGUGUCAAAGAUUGAUCCAGUUGCAGAGGCAGAGCAGAAUAGGGGAGAUGGAGAUGGAGGGCAAAGCCAAGAUGUUUACAGCCCAUUUCCUGGACGUGAAGCUCUCCUCAACAAGGUGUUGAACCGUAAAAGACUUCUGUAAUUGUUUUGGAUUGAAGACCAUUGCCUAUUUGGAGAUAAUAAUAGUGUAAAUUUCGUUUGCAUUUUGAUUAUCCAUCUGCUCUUCAUUGAUGCUAAUAGACCUUAACAGAUCACGAUGUAGCCAAUUUACAACACUUAAUCAGUAGAUGUAGCUGCCACACUUUGUUUCUUAAGUUCAUGGAACAUAACAGCAACAGGGCUCUCUGUAACGCCGAAAGCCAUAGGGGUUGCUCACCAAUAUUUCUAAACACAAGUCUGUUUCCGAGUCCAGCAAAUGCAGCUCCUACUGAUCUUACUGCUUGAAUCUUCGAUGCUGCAGUUAGUUGUUUCUUGUUUCCAACUCUACAGAAUUUGGCCAAAACACCUCUUUUAGAACUUCCCAACACAUGCAUGUGGAGAAACUGUAUCAAGCAAAAAAAGGCCUAUGCAUCACGCAUUUGUGUCAUUUGCUUCAUCUGUUGUUUCUUAAAGGUGCCAACCUUGUUUUCACUUCCCAUAGUGAAAGGCUCUCUUAUCUCCAAUUUGGAUAUGAUAUCAUCCAAUUUAUAUUAGCUUUUAUAACUGUUGAAUAUAAUUAACACAGAUCC